AUGUCAGCUUCUGCAUCCACAGCUGCCGCACCACCCUCUUCCUCGAGCGAUGAUGCACGUCCGCCCAAAGUCGACGUGUCGGGCCUUUCACCCUUGGAGUACCCACAGUACACCAGCUGGCUGACCAAGAUAGCAAAGAGCCCCAGCGGCGUCGAGGGACUGUUGGAUGAGCAGGACGCGCUGGCAUGGUUGAGAAAAGAGUGCGCCGUAGGGAGGGUGGACGAAGUAAAGAUGCUGUCUCUCUUCGAGAGGUAUCCACUAGGCCUUGAACCUGGGCACUUCUUUGCUCUUCUGCGCAUUACCGCUUGGAUCCAACAAGGCAGAAGUCCAGCCCGGUCGCUGAUCUUCACCCAGACAGCGCCUCCAGCCACAGGACUGCCUGCAGGUACCACUUUCCCUCUAGCGAACACAGCCGAUACAGCAGCUGCAGACACACCCCGACGGCCGCAUGAGCUACGGAAGUCCAUUGGCUCUUCGAAAGACCUUCUGAGCCCAUCGAACAACAAGGUUGGCAGUGGUUCGGGUAGUCGUACGCCUGCUGCUCUCACUUCUCAGCCACAGCAGCCAUCCGUUUCGACUCCCAGUAGCAAGGUCCCCCCGCCGGCCCUAUCAGCAUUCGCCAGCCCCUCGUCCUCACAAUUACCACUUCCUCUCGUACCCGCCGUGCCCAGUACUGCAGCAGGUACACCGAAUGAACCUGUGCAGAGGGCAGUGUCAUCGUCCAUGCUGCCCCCUCCCGUCCCUCCAGAGGCAUCGAAGCCUUCGCGGUCAGUGGGUCCUGUCAAUCCAUUCAAAGAGCGGCAUCAUCGCUCCACUUCAUUAGCAACUCCUGGCAGUGCAGAUCCUCUGGCAGGCUUUGACCCUGCACCAAUCCUCGUCAAGCCGGUGAAGCCUAAAGUCGUUCGUCCGACGCCGAUCGUUGCUACAGCAGGCCAACCGAACCCCGUCACAUCUGCUGCAGAUCCUUCCGUGCAUGGCGCGCCAACACACGUUGGGGGCGCUUCGGGCUUGUCAGCUCGCAGCGUAAAGAGCAUAGACGAUGGAACCUUCCCUGCCCUGCCUCCGAGGCCUGCGGAUACCGAGAAGCCUCCGCCGCCUCUACCGCCGCGUGCUCACAUCUCGCCAUUGAUUCAGGCAGGUCUGCAGGCCAGCAAGCAAGUGCGGCAGCAGAAAGGCGCCCUUCCCCCGAAGACCUUCACCGUCUUGCAAUCGUCUACGUCGCGGUCAAAGCCAGAGGCCAGGCUACUGACUGGAGAGAGUGCCCCGCCGAAUGUGGUGGCGGAGCUACCGCCGCCCCCGACUCACCAUGCGAAGCGGAAAGUCUCCCUGCAUGAGACGAAGAGAUCUGUGUCGGAGGCUACAAGUGGGCUGAUCGGGCUGCGCAGGGCAGGCAGCGAUGAUGGCAACGAGGGACCACAGAGGGCUGCUAGCCACACUGCAACGGUCAUCGCAGCGCCCAAGCCCUCUCGGCCGAGUCACUCGCGGCAUCAUCUGAAGGGACGAGGAAGUGAGAGCGCAAGCGGCGGGGACGGCUCUCUUCACCAAGCGAGCGUUGCGGCCCCGAAAGCACAGUAUGCGGAUGGUGGUGGGUUCUCACGGACGAAGCCGCCGACACUGCCAUCUUGGCUGAGGGAGCAAGAGGAGCUACAACGGUCAGCUCUUGCUGAAGGCAGACCUCUCUCUCCGCCACCAGAGCAUGGGCGGCAUUCUCAACACCCGUCAGAGGAGCAACAGCGAAAGGACUUUAUACUCAACUUUGAGCGGAGCAGACAUGAGCCUACCGUUCUGGACGAGGAAUUCGACGUCUUCCCUACUGAGCUCAGCGAGCAAGCUAGCCGAGCCGCAAGCAUUGAUCGUCCUCACAAUCCCUUCCUGCAUCGCUCCUCACAGGCAGAAGCCGAAAAGUUGAGACUACAGCCUCUGCUGAGACAACAUCAGCACCACUUGGAGAGGGAGAGGCUGAAGGAAAGGCAGAGGGAGGCGGAGCGAGACGGCGAGCAUGGCGGCAGCGCUCGCUCCCGCUCUCCCGAGUUGAACCGACCGCUUGGUAGAUCGAAGACUCUUCAUGGCAAGGGACCGCCGCCGCCACCUCCCUCGCACGGAGCCAACUCUCGAAAGCGCCUCGAGUCCUUCCCUGCGACGUUCAAUUCGGGUACUUAUGCUGGCUUUGGCCGGACAAGUCAGGGUGGACUGCGUCUCAUGCCCCCCUCUGCGAAGGCAGAUGUAGGUCUCCGCGCUGGGGAGGAGACAAGACGUCCAGCUCUGCAUCGCGGCUCGAGUGCACUGAGCAUCUCAGACAGGAGCUCUGGAGCUGCGGCUGCCAGUCACAGAGGAGAUGAGGACAGCGGCGAGACGAGCCUCAACUCGACCAACCCCACGAGUGUGCAAGAGCUAGCUCAGAGCGUGGAGCGGAGAGUGUCUAAUUCGAGCAACACCAAGUCACGUGCAGGGCCUAAUGGCGGCAGCUUCUCUCUCAAGGAGAAGGUUUCCGAUUUCCUCAAGCUGCAGGAUGGCCCGCCCAAUGGCUCUCGUCCGAUUGAUGAGCUGAAGAGGGACGCGAUCAGGCUAGCGGAGAGGAAAGGCUGGAUCAAUCGCCGUGGCGAGGAGAGUCUGUUGCGCGAGGACCCCGAAGAGGAGGAAGGGCGAGGUGGCGAGAGUCAGGACAGUAUCCGGCUCCACCAGUCUAAGGGCAGCAAUGGUCCCUGGCGUGAGGAUGGUGAGGACGAAGACGAGGCCGAGCGCUGGGACGAUGCGCCCAUGCCCGACGAUACCUACCAUGCAGAUCACGAUGGAGGCAAUGCUGCUCAUAGCACUGCAGUGACGGACACUUCCGAUACGCCUACUCCGACACCCGGUCAAGGCUCGCCCGAACGGUCUAGGAUCACUCCACCUCCGCCUCCCCGCCGUUCUGCCUCGACAGGCAUGCCACCCAGCACGACCGCGCCCAUUGCUCGUCGGCCCAGCGGCUAUGUAGCUCGCAGAGCCUCGCAGAUGGAGGCGAGGGUCUCCUCGAGUGCGAGCCCGGGCCUGUCGCGGAGUGGGAGCGGUAGCGCCUCCGCCGGAGCGCAUCGAGUCAACCUAGGUCGAGCCGCGAGCUUCUCGGUGCGCAGUGCCGGUGGUCAUAGAAACACUAGCGAUCAAGGAAACAGCGGGAUCAGUAGUGACCAUGAUGCCGCGGCUGGAGACGUCAAGGUCAAUAAGCGAUCCAGCUGGUUCGAAGGAGCUCCGGGCUCUGGUGGGGGAAUCGAUCAGAGGUGGAAGAAUCGCUUCUUGCAGCAGCGGGCGGAGCGUGAGGAGCCUGAGGGGGACGAGCCGAACGAGGAUGGCGACGGUAAUGGCGAAGGUGAUGCUGGGUGGAAGAGGCUGGAUUGA